UUAUUUUUUGGCCUCCCUCAUUUCCCUAGGGUUUCGUUGCCGUUCUUGUGUUGUUGGUUCUUGUGUUGUUGGUAGGGAGUAGUGAAUGGGAGUGGUGCGCGGACGCAGUCCUCCUAUUUUCCUUUCCCAUCUCGGUACGGUCAGGUAACCAACCCCUCCCCGGAGCCGGAGGAUCCUUUUCACCGUGGCAUGUGCCUUUCGCUCUUUCUGCCGCCCGGAAAUCAGUAAAAGCCGAGUGUUAUGUGUGAUUGAUUUCUGGAGCAAUGGAUCUUGAGUUGGGGAGGGGCAUGAGAUCCCCGCAGAGGGACUCAUGGAAGACCACCAUGGUCCUGGCAUACCAGAGCCUGGGGGUGGUGUACGGGGACCUCAGCAUCUCCCCCCUCUACGUCUUCAAGAGCACCUUCGCCGAGGACAUCCAGCACUCGGACACCAACGAGGAGAUCUUCGGCGUCCUCUCCUUCGUCUUCUGGACGCUCACCCUCAUCCCUCUCAUCAAGUACGUCUCCAUUGUCCUCCGAGCCGACGACAAUGGCGAGGGAGGGACGUUCGCCCUCUACUCGCUGAUUUGCCGGCAUGCCAAUGUGAGCCUCCUGCCCAACAGGCAGAUUGCGGACGAGGAGCUCUCCACCUACAAGCUGGAGCGCAACCCUGAGACCGUGGACAAGACCCGCGUCAAGGUGUGGCUGGAGAAGCACAAGAACCUGCACACCGCCCUCCUCAUCAUGGUUCUCAUUGGCACCUGUAUGGUCAUUGGGGACGGUGUCCUCACGCCGGCUAUAUCUGUGUUUUCAGCUGUGUCAGGCCUUGAGUUCUCCUUGUCCAAAGAUCACCAUGAAUAUGCUGUCAUUCCAAUAACAUGCGUAAUAUUAGCAUUUCUAUUUGCCCUCCAGCAUUUUGGCACACAUCGAGUCGGAUUUAUCUUUGCCCCGAUAGUUCUAGCCUGGCUACUCUGCAUGAGUGCUCUUGGCCUUUAUAAUAUCAUACAUUGGAAUCCUCACGUCUAUCAAGCUCUGAAUCCCUAUUACAUGUUCAAGUUCCUAAAGAAGACUAGGAAAUAUGGCUGGAUGUCACUCGGUGGAAUUUUGCUCUGCAUGACAGGGUCUGAAGCAAUGUUCGCCGAUCUUGGACACUUCUCAUACAGCGCAAUCCAGCUUGCUUUCACUUCUUUGGUUUACCCCGCGUUGAUUCUGGCAUACAUGGGUCAGGCAGCUUACUUAUCAAAACAUCAUGACUUUUACUCAAACUCUCAAGUUGGAUUUUACAUAGCAGUUCCAGAUAAGGUGAGAUGGCCUGUUCUUGUACUGGCUAUUCUGGCUUCAGUUGUUGGAAGCCAAGCAAUCAUCAGCGGAACAUUCUCAAUAAUCAAUCAGAGUCAGUCCCUAAGCUGCUUCCCCCGGGUAAAAGUUGUACACACAUCUGAGAAAAUUCAUGGGCAGAUAUACAUUCCUGAGAUCAACUGGCUACUCAUGAUCCUCUGCAUUGCCGUGACUGUUGGAUUCAGAGACACUAAGCACAUGGGAAAUGCAUCCGGACUAGCAGUGAUCACUGUGAUGCUGGUUACCACAUUCCUGACAUCCCUUGUGAUCAUGGUGUGCUGGCACAAGCCACCCCUGCUGGCCCUGGGCUUCCUCCUCUUCUUCGGCUCCGUGGAGGCGCUCUACUUCUCGGCGUCGCUCAUCAAGUUCCUGGAGGGCGCAUGGCUCCCGAUACUCCUGGCCCUCAUCCUGAUGGCCGUCAUGCUCGUGUGGCACAUCACCACCAUCAAGAAGUACGAGUUCGACCUGCAGAACAAGGUGACCCUGGAGUGGCUUCUGGCCCUGGGUGACAAGCUCGGCAUGGUCCGUGUGCCGGGCAUUGGCCUCGUCUACACCGACCUGACGUCGGGCGUCCCUGCCAACUUCUCCCGCUUCGUCACCAACCUCCCGGCGUUCCAUAAGGUCCUGGUCUUCGUGUGCGUCAAGUCGGUCCCGGUGCCGUAUGUGUUCCCCGCCGAGCGCUACCUCGUCGGCCGAGUGGGUCCGCCGGGCCACCGGUCGUACCGGUGCAUCGUGCGGUACGGCUACCGUGAUGUUCACCAGGACGUGGACUCGUUCGAGACGGAGCUGAUCGAGAGCCUGGCCAUGUUCAUCAAGCUCAACGCCUCCUACCGCUGCAGCGAGGUGAGCCAGAGCGAGCAGCUGGAGGAGUGGGAGCCGGGGCUGACCGUCAUCGGAAGCAACACGCUCCGGGAUCACGCGAGCUACGACUUGCAGGACAGUGUCCAGCACUCGGCCGCGUCCGUCCCUGCCGCCGACAGCCCCGGCCGCACGGGUUUGGAGUCCAACUCGUCCAAGCAGGUGAGGUUCUUCAUAGAUAGCCUGGUGGUGAGCCCCGAGGCGGACAAGCAGGUGGCGGAGGAGCUGGAGGCGCUGGCGGCGGCGAGGGAGGCCGGCACUGCCUUCAUCUUGGGGCACUCGCACGUGCAGUGCAAGCCUGGCUCGUCGGUGGUGAAGAAGCUGACGGUGGUCGGGUACAACUUCCUGCGGCGCAACUGCCGUGGACCGGACGUGGUGCUGCGGGUGCCGCCGGCGUCGCUCCUGGAGGUCGGCAUGGUCUAUGUUCUAUGAAACCUCUUCGUUUUGGCAUGUGUUUAUCAUCUCACAAAUCUGCCCAUGCAUCCACCUGCUUGCUGGCUGUUGUUGCUCUGUAGGUAACUAAACUUGUCAGUUAUGUUGUAAUGCCCCCCGGAUUAUUUUGCAUCCGGCUGUAUAGUUUACAACUUCGGAUUGUUGCUCCUGCUGCUCAUACACAUUUCGUGUACAACUGCAGAGCACAUGUUGUAUUGUGUUCUCGAUAUGACGCGGAGUGCGCUCACCAACCCAAGUUCUCUUUGUGCUAGAAGUAGUAACUUAUAGACUAGUAAAAUGCAUAUGCUACUAGUCUAUAUUACUACCUCUAUAGUGGAGUGUAACAUAUGUGUGGUGUCAUGCAACAUUUUAUUUAUUAGGUUGUAAACUCAUCUUAUCUUGGUAUGUGUGAUAUUAUAGUAACUAGCUAUGUUACCA